AUGUCAUCCAAUUCAACUUACAAAGCUCCAGCAAAUACGUCUCAGUACCAGUAUGGUAAUCUGACUUGGAGGUGGGGCUCAAGCAACUCUUCUUCAUCCCACCUUCAAUUCACAAGUGUACAUACCCCUACAAUGGCCAACUCAGUUAACCUCAAAGCGGUCUACUCCGCCCCUCAAUCCACCGAGACCUUCCAACACGCAAUUCCCUCUGAUGGUGCCGACACUCUGGCAGCAAAGCAAGCCCACCUCAAUGCACUGCAAACCCUCGUCCCCAAACUACAGGACCAGAUCAAUGUGUUCCUGACUGAGCGCAUGGAAGAGGACAAAAAGGUCCAGGGCCAGAUCUCCGCACAAGAAGCCAAGGAAGAAGAAAACUACGGAGAGGAGGUCGUUGAGGAUGAUGCAUGA